UUCUCUUACAUACAUGUAAGGCUCUUCGGCCUCAGUGUAAUUUGUACAUGUCUUGGAGACCUUACCCCAACCACGAUCUUCUCAUAGUUGUAGAGUGAAAUCCCAGUAACAUUACCGACAAAUUUCAGAUCGAGGACAGAUGCUGUGUGGAAGUGUCUAGUGAUCUUAUUUUGCUAAGAGCCAUUCUUGCGUUCUUCCAGUCAACCGUCUGUUUCCUCCUGUCUCAGCACACCAUGACUGCAGCUAUUUAUGGAAGCAGAGAUUUGUGUACGCGCUGCAAGCACAGACAAAUAAACAGCUGAAGCGCCGGAAAUAUCAGAGUUGUCUCUUCGUGCACUAUGGAUAUGAUUUUUUCUCUCCUGGGACAGUUACCGCUGUUCGACAGUGUGAUUACUCUCUCAAGAUUUACUCACCUGUCUUAAAUCUUCUUGUGAGUUUGGGCAUUUGGCAAUAACUCGGGAAAGCUCAUAUGGGGAUAAUACGGCAACUUUUCUUGUGAUGCACGUUGACCUCCAUUACAUCACUUCUUACUACACAUGGCAAACAUCAAACUCUCUGUAUGCCAUCUGGAGAACAUCAAGACUUUGUGGUUUUUUUGUGAUUGGGUACAGUUGACAGUGUCGCCACACCUGAAAUAUUGGAAUCAGUAGAAUUUGUCUCUUUCUGUCAGAGAAAGAGCCCCCCUCUCUCCCUUCUCCCCUCCCCCUCCUCCUUGGAUGACAUCUACAGCUUAGUCUGAUCGGAGUGAGUAUUCAGUGGUUGGAAUAACAAUGACUGCAUUGUGUACCACAAACUGAGGUUCAUGUAGAACUACAGUUAGUAAGUGGCCUCUGGGAAUCUACUGUACAUGCACUUGAACCUUAACAUGGAAGUUGUCAUGGUGACAGGAAAUUUGAGAACCACUUCUACUUCUGCAGAAUUUGUCGGUUCCGGAAAAGAUUGUCUUUGAGUGAACUGCUUCAUGGUCUGCUUGCUCAUCAAGAUGGAAGUGAUAUAAUGAGUCUUUUACAUUACCAGUUUUCAUCAUUGGUGAGGCUUGGUUUGAGUUUCACUCAUCAGUCCCAUGCUGUGAUAACACGACUAUUCACCACGUUUUAACUUCUGCUACUGCACUAUUGUUGUCAAAGUUGUUUUUCCCAGUAACUGCAUUGCGAAAGGAUUCCAGGCAUACAGUAAUCAUUAAUGCAUUAGUGGAAGUACUGUACAUAUCGUUUGAGCUGUUGAUGUAGCAUUACUCGGGCCCUUUGUGUGCUUAAUUUGAUCUCAGGAGUAUUCAGUAAUUGCAGAUACCCAAGUGGAUGCAAACAAAUUGUUUCACAGAGCGUGAACGUGGCAAGCUCGUCAUCUCCAAAGAUAAUCCUAUGCGCUAAACUAUGAAAUCUCCACAUACUGAAUUAUGAAUAAUAAAGAAGUCGGCGAGGCAUUUUGCACCAGACACGUAGACCAUGGAUAACAUUUCCACGUCAUCAAGGGGAUCUGUUGUGUCUCUCUCGGAGCCUGUGAAAAUCCGUUGCUCUUACAUGAGGACGGCAAGGAUGCGGAUGCGUUUUGGACUGUUUGCUCCACCAAAGAGAGUGUACCGAGUACCGCAAUACCACUUUCCAGAUGAGGAUUCCCCAGCUUUAGACGGUGCCCCGCGGUUGGUUCCCGUAGUUGGUUCAAAUGUUACACAGCCCAAGGAGAGUAUUCAGAGCUACGUCACACAGUCUACCGUGUCUCCAGUCGAGCCCAGUCCCUCCCCAGUGUUUGUUAAUGCUGACCAUUUGAAGCAAUCUCCAAACGACGUAUCACCCAGCGACAGCUUUCAAAUGAACAAUAUCGACGAGUGGGAAUUCGAAGAUAUCAUAUUAAAUAGGGGCGGAGCUGGACUCGGCUUCAGCAUUGCAGGAGGUGUUGAUAACCCACACAUUGGCGAUGACCCUAGCAUCUUCAUUACAAAGCUCAUCCCAGGGGGUGCAGCAUCAGUUGGUGGAAGACUCAGAUUGAAUGAUGUCAUUGUCAGAGUGAAUGAUUCAGAUAUCCAAAAUGUACCCCAUCAAGCUGCUGUGGAUGCCCUUAAGAAGACUGGAAGCAUUGUCAACCUGGUUGUAAGACGAAGGAGGCCGCGCCCUACUGGUAAUGUGAUCCGCAUCCGACUCGUCAAGGGAACUAAAGGCCUGGGCUUUAGUAUUGCUGGUGGGUGUGGUAACCAACAUGUUGCCGGGGACAACGGUAUCUUUGUUACCAAGAUCAUCGAUGGUGGUGCUGCUCAGCAGGACGGUAACCUUCAAGUUGGUGAUAAAAUCAUAGCGGUUGGUAAUCAUAAGCUAGAGGAUGUGACCCAUGAAGAGGCUGUUGCUGUCUUGAAGGAUACCAGUGAUAUUGUCUUACUGACUGUUGUCAAAGGUGCCGUCACCAACUACCCCUCACCACCAGCCAGUAUAGCCUCACAGCCAGAUGUCUCCAAUGUUGCUCCUUCAUCUCCGCCACCACCAUAUCCAGAAGCCACGACUGGUGUAGCUGGCCUGAGUUUACAGUCGGAGCCUAUUCAGCAGCGUUCUCCUUCGCCACCUCAUCAGGAGGAGCUGAACAUGAUUAUCCCGCCUACAUCCCAUCAUCCUCAGCAGCAUCACCCAGAUGUCCCCUACACCUCCAUGCAGAAGACAUACAUGCCUCCCUCUCCUACGAAAUAUGAGGGUAAUGGGGUCAAAGCCUACGUUCAGAAUGAUGACGAGUUUCCAAGGGAGAUGAGGACUGUAGUCCUGAAUAAAGGAGCAACAGGUCUAGGUUUCAACAUUGUUGGUGGGGAAGACGGUGAAGGGAUUUUUAUCUCCUUCAUCUUGGCUGGGGGCGUGGCUGACCUCAGUGGAGAGCUCAAGAGAGGAGAUCAGAUAUUAUCGGUCAACAAGAAAGACUUGCGGAAUGCAACCCAUGAAGAUGCUGCCUUAGCUCUUAAAGGCACAGGACAGACAGUGAUGAUUGAGGCUCAGUAUAAACCUGAGGAGUACAACCGUUUUGAAGCUAAGAUACAAUCACUGAGAGAGGAAAUGAUGAACAGCUCUGUGAGUAGUACCACGACAGGAAGUCUACGCACAUCAGCAAAGAGAUCACUUUAUGUCAGGGCACUCUUUGACUAUGACAAGACAAAAGACAGCGGUCUGCCCAGUCAGGGAUUGAGCUUUUCAUACGGUGACAUUCUACAUGUGACUAAUGCUAGUGAUGAUGAAUGGUGGCAAGCCAGGCAGGUGUUACCAACAGGGGAAGAGGGAGAGAUGGGGGUCAUCCCUAGCAAGAGGAGGGUGGAGAAAAGAGAAAGAGCGAGGCUGAAGAGUGUCAAGUUUUCUGGCAGGGGAGGAAGUCUUGAAAGCAAGGGGUCCAUGAAUGAGAAACGCAAGAAGGGUUUCUUCUCGCGGAAGUUUAAGAAGGGACGGGAGAGUGACCAAGACACAAGCGAUGCUGAACACAUCACCUCAAACGCCAGUGAUAGCGAAAGUAGUUACAGGAAUGAUGAGAUGAUUCUUUCGUAUGAGGGAGUAGUCCAACAAGAAGUCAAGUACACCAGGCCAGUGAUCAUUCUUGGCUCGGGCAAGGAUCGUGUCAAUGAUGACCUCAUCUCAGAGAUGCCUGAGAAAUUUGGAAGCUGUGUGCCCCACACGACGAGGCCGAGACGACCCCACGAGGUGGACAAGCGAGACUACCAUUUUGUGGAGUCUAGAGAACAGAUGGAGAAGGACAUACAGGAUCAUUUAUUCAUCGAAGCUGGCCAGUAUAACGAUAACCUGUAUGGUACCAGUGUUGCAUCUGUCAGAGAAGUCGCAGAAAAGGGUAAGCAUUGCAUCUUGGAUGUGAGCGGGAAUGCCAUCCGAAGAUUACAGGUUGCCAACCUCCAUCCCAUUGCCAUCUUCAUCCGUCCCAAGUCAGUGGAUUCCAUCAUGGAGAUGAACCGAAGGAUGUCAAGAGAGCAGGCUGAGAAGACGUAUGAGAGAGCCAUCAAAUUAGAACUGGAGUUUGGUGAAUAUUUCACAGCCAUUGUUCAAGGUGACACGAUGGAUGAGAUUUACUACAAAUGCAAAGAGGUAAUCCAUGAGCAGUCAGGCUCGACGAUUUGGAUACCAGCCAAGGACAAAUUGUGAUCCCACUCAAACCUAGUAGAACCCACUUCAAUCCAUGAUACAACCAGUGUGGUACCUACUUGAGCCUGUCACAUCCUGCUUGGAGGAACCCAGAUUGGCAGAUACUUUCUGGAUUCAAAAACAUGAAAACAAGAUGUGUAUAAAGUGUGUAGAAGGAAAAGAGCUUGUUUUUUUAAAUUCCAAGCCAUCGCAGAUUUGAACCCAGUAAAGUAACCAGUAGCACCUGUUGCAAUGAUAGAGCAGUUAGGGCACCCAUUUUAGCCCAUUGAAGUAAAAGUACACAUCCUGGGUGCAAGGAUUUAUUAGUGUGUGCCAUUUCUGUUUUGUGCACAUAGUUUAUGUUAACAUUCAAGCCCAGGUGUGUGAGAGCCCAGUAGAACCCAUUUCAUUCAUUCUCUUAUCAAGAGAAGAACCCAUCUAUACCCGUAGGAAAGCUCCAAGUUCUUUGCUGCAUAAUAAUGUGAUUUGAUUGCUGAAGAAAAACAAUCUGCACAUGGUUUGCUGAAUACCGAUAUCCAGACAUUGUUGGGUUGAAGUUUCUAGCUUAAGCUACACAGUGAAAGCAGAAAUCAAUUGUGGGAUGAAUGGGGUACAUUGCAUUUAAACAACACAGAUUGUUUAGGUACCAGCGGGGUGCCUUUCUGGGCUAAAAGGUACUGUAGACUUGUUAUCUCAAAUAUCCUGGUUGUAGUUAGCAAUGUUAUUCCUCCCAAUACCACAGUCUCAACUCCUUCCCUCUUUUAUCACAAGAUUAUAAAUUUCUUUGAAGUGUACAAAGUGUAAAUUUAGCACGAUAAGAGGCCUAGCAGAUAAUGUUGAAAUUUUAUGUUGAGUUUGGGUAGCAACAGAAGCCACAGCGUGAAGGCCACACAAAUUUCUUGUAUUUAGCUUGUUUUUGGUACUACAUGCUUGUUAGAUUGAUAAUGCUUCACAGGACUUCUUUUUGGCUUGGUGGUUUCGUUUCUUCAAAAAUAUUGAUUGUUCUUAUUGAUUAGGGCACUGUUUAUGCUAGUGCUGUUAAGGAUUUCUUUGUAUUUUUGAUGUUGGGACUUACACAGAAAUUUGGCCUGACUAGCUGGAGUCGUAUUGCAGUUCUAAAAUGUUAAUUUAGAUGCUUUGGGGGGGGGGCAUAAGAAAUUGGUUCUGCUUACCAGUACUUUAUUUCCAUCUGCUAUUUUCGUAAGUGUCCUGUUGUGGCUUGGGUGAUGAGAUUGAAUAGUUCAACAUCAGAGUUGAACCAUGCAGUGGCCAAACCAAGGCUAAUUUGUAAAAUAGUUUGGCUCUAGUAUGCACGUCAUUCAAUCAAGUUCUUAGAGCUAUGAAUUGUACAUAACAGACUUGGUAUCACUUCUUGAAAGCAGCUUUCUAAGUCAAUGAAAGUUCAUCAAACUUCACAGAUCAUUUCAUUCACAUACCUUGACAGAUCUUUGGCAGUUGUUACCCUUCAGGUUUUUACAGAAAAGUGUAAAUGCCAUUGCAUUUUCUCAUCCACCCCAAAAUGGACACCUGGUGGGGAAAAGUACGUACUGAACUCUCUCAACUAUCAACGAAUUGUUCCUUUUGGGCUGUUCAUAAAGUAUAAGUGCUUGGUUGUGAAUUGUCAACAUAUUUUUCUGUUUUAAUUUAAUGUAUUUAAAGCUCUGUGUAGGAUUCUGUUCUCUUAUUCUAUCAGCACAGUUAUUCGAUUGGUUUUAAUCAUGAGUAUUGGCCUGUAUUAAGUUUCAAAAGAAAUAGUUUUGUUUUAAAAGCAGAGAAUGCUUUCAGAUUUUUGGAUAUUUCAUCAAGUAAAUCAUUUCUGGUCUUUGUGUAAUUAUUUUCGAUGAAAUUUUGUAUUUGAAAUGGACCUGUUUAGCUGUCUGAAUUGGCCUCCAUCAUUGUUUUGUUGGUUUUUUUUGGUUUGAUUUUUUGUCUAUUUUUCUGGAAAUUUUGCUUAGUAGGUUAUGCUUGUAGAAAACAAUGAGUUACCCUAUUUAUGUUUAAGAAUGUUCAAUGUGUGCACAAAAUGCACCUGUUGCACUGGACAUGUUAUGCCUCUGAUGUCCUGAGAGUGGCCACAUUACACAGGUGGCUGCCAUCUUAGUUUGUACAGAAUGAAUGAUUGCUGUCAGUUGGCUGCAUUCAAAAUGCCCUGGGCUAUUUUUUCCCAAGUGGCACUUAAUGGUUCACAAUAUUUUACAAAUUACUGAGAUCCUUUACAAAGAGAGGCUAGGAAAGGGGAGGCCAGAAUUGUUUGACAAGAUAAACAUUCUGAAAAAAAAGGUAUCCCUCUUAUGAUAUAUUUGUUGUGUCAUUUCACCAACAGUGAUUUUUGUUCAUAAUGUACAACAGUUUUCAUUUAUUGGUAAGAGGACUUUCAUGUACCUUGGAAGAUUACUUAAGAAAAUGGCUAAUUGUAUGCAUGUUAGCCCUAAAGCAAUAUUUCUUUGCAUGACAUGCAUUUAAUGAAUGCUUUGAAAUGGGUUUGUGUAUUAAGCUGCCAUGUGUUUUGUUGCCAAAUUCUACUGCUCCAACUACACGCCGAAAAUUGAAUUUCAGAAGCUGUUUGCGCAUGCUACAUGUACACUGUAUGUCCUAUGUUUGAUGUAGCACCUCAGAUUAAAAAAAAAAAGGUCUACAUUACAACAGAAGUUUCACCAACAUGAAAAGUUGUCACACCUGAUCAAAGACUGAAAGGCCGAAGCCUAUUGGCCAGUCUCAGUGGAAAAAAAAUUUAAACAGAUGCCCGGAAACUUUGUUGGUAUAAAAAUGAAUUGUAAUAUAAACUGUUCUUAGACUGUUCAUUGAUGGUGUUCGGAGGAUAUAAUCUGAUAAGUGUAACUUUGAAUUGGUCAAAGUACAGAAUGUUUGGGUGUAUUUGACAAAUUUUCAACAGAGAUAGGGCCAGUUGUCAAGGAGCCAAGAAAUGGCUGAGCUUCCUUUUAAGAUCAUACAAAAAAAUGUAUUUUUCUGUUUAUACAAUUUGAAUUAAUUUCAUGUACAACUGUCAAUAUUUUUAUAACUUGGUUGCAUGAAAAAUAAUGUUGUAGCCUGAACCAUCAGAUUUACCACUGACAGAGUUCACGCCAUUUACACAAAUAAAUCGGCAAAUGCAUUUCCUUAACUUGUCAUCCUGAAAACAAAGAAAGUGUAAGGAAAGCUGAUGUACACUAAGAAUCCUGUUUUUAAUCAAGCUUGUAGAUUUUGCCUACUUUAAUUGCUUACAUUUGCUUUUCAAAAUUGCAUGCUACUUUGAAUAUCAAUUGAAACAGCCAUAUGUGAUUUUUUUAAGCACACUAUUAAUCAGAAUAUAGAACGGUGUAUUAUAUUGAUAAUUACAACUGAGUGGUCUUGCACAGUUACUUGUAUUAGUUAUUAUUUUCUUAUUGUAUGAGAAUUAUAAUAAAAAUAUUGGGCUUAUUUCAGAAA